AUGUCGAACGGUUUUCGUGCUCCUUUGUCUGGCUCCAGACCCCCAAGUCUCCCCCACCAUACCCAGAAACAGAACCUCAUCGAAGCCAACCUGCUGGAACUUGGUUUGCUGGGCCGCAAGCACCAGAAGAAGAACAAGGAGAAGGUUGUCGAGUUCAGAUCCACUGCAGAUCACAGCGACGGAGGCUUGCGCCCUGGCUCGCGCAGCUCCCACAAUACUUCAUCCACCGCCACUGCGAAGCUCUUCUCGUCAUACCCCCAACGCAACGACGCCAGUGUCGACCGCCAGGUACCGUUGCACAGCGCCAGAGGCAUGGCCGGCGUGCUCGACAUCGAGAGGUCGCGCACCAGACGAGAGCGCACUUUCAUAGGCAGCGAUUGUGCCGUAUGUGAGGAGGCGCUUGAGCACACACUGCGAGGCGAACGUAUCCUGCAGCUGUCGUGCGGCCAUGUCUCCCACGAAGCUUGCUUCUACGAAUACAUCCGCGAGUUUGAAGCCAAGGAGUGUCCAACAUGUAACGCAACGCUCGGCCUUGACACCAGCCGAGGAGGCAACAUAGACCUUGAGAAGAUCGUUCGCUCAGUGCAGGCGGAGGCGCCGCAGAUCAGCAGCCAAAGCCAAAGCCAAGGCCAGGGCCAUAGCCAAAGCCAAAGGAGUCACCAGAACACACCGACGCCAUGGGAUAACCAGACGAUGCACUCCGCCAGCGGCCAGACACAAGGCCGUUCUCGCAACGGCAGCGAUGCUUCAGCUCGAUUCGCACCCUCACACCAUACACGACAACGGGACAGCAGCCAUAGCCGUGAGCGCGGCUCUGACCGAGGUGGCUCCAUGUCGCGUCAACAUUUGCGGAGCGAUAGUGGCGCAACGGGCGCAGCCUCUUCGCAAGAUUACGCGGCGGCCCAGGACGGUCGGCGACACGACUAUGACGUGCAGUCGAUGGAAACCAGCCUCAGCAGCCCCCGUGCACUCUUGAAGAACCCAAUCCCGGCGCCAACAGUAACCGUUCGAAGCGAAUUUCCAACACUCAGCAAGUCGCGGCAACAGCAAAGUUUGACGUGUUUGGUGACGGUCGAGGUGGUGGAAGGAAAAUGGCGGCCAGACCCUGAGGACAUGCGAGGUGCGCCCUUGCUCUCAUUAGCAAGCGCGACCGAGAGCUCGUUUGGGCGCCCCAAAUCGCCGGCACGCAGCAGGCACGCCGCCUACGACUUUGACACACCGUACGAAUCCGAACAAGUUCUGGACGAAACCACCGAGGAUCUGCAUGCUCGUGUUGACAAUUGGCACGGUCUUGACUUCUCACGCUUUGGCAAGCUGCGUCUGCACGGUCAGAUCCGCGUUGGCAAGGACCGGCAGUCGUGGCAAGAGCUCGAAUGCUAUCUCUUUUCUGAGAUGCUCAUAUGUGUCAAGGAGAAGAAGGGUACUGCCCAGCCCCAGUGGGACAACACAAAGGCGUCCAGAUCGGCGAAGAAGUCAAAGUGCACGCUGAAGGGCUCCAUUCUUAUCAAGAAGCACCUGAACCAGGUUGAACACUCGCCUGAUGACCUCAUCCUCACCCUAAGCCUUUCCGUGGCAGAGCUGCCUUCGUUCCAUCUGCAGUUCCCAGACCGGAGCCAGCUGGAGCUGUGGCGACGGGCUCUGAUGGAUGUCCGCUUGGACUUCCCCAUGAGCAGAGGAAUGCCAGAUUAUGACCAGGACCACUCCGGAACCGAAGAAGAUGACUAUCGAAGACCCAAGCGAGUCUCGUCCGUCAACUCCUCUUACGGCGCUGCGCGCUCGACAAUGACUGCUCCUACUGAAUACACUAGCUCUCGCGCUGGUCCCCCAGAACCACGCUUGUCUGGCUCCGUUCACGUACCCAUUGAUGUCGUCGUGGUCAUCCCUGUGUCAUCAUCAAUGCAGGGCUUGAAGAUCAACUUGUUGCGAGACACUCUUAGGUUCCUCGUUCACAACCUUGGUGAACGUGACCGCAUGGGACUAGUAACAUUUGGUUCAAGCGGCGGCGGUGUUCCCAUCGUCGGUAUGACCGGCAAGGCUUGGAGGGACUGGCCCAAAGUACUCGAAUCGAUACGGCCUGUAGGCCAGAAAAGCCUCCGUGCUGACGUGGUAGAUGGCGCCAACGUAGCCAUGGAUUUGCUGAUGCAACGAAAGUCGAGCAAUCCGCUUUCAAGCAUACUGCUCAUCAGCGACUCGUCCACUUCAGAUGUUGAGAGCGUGGACUUUGUGAUUUCCCGCGCUGAAGCUGCAAAGGUCUCCAUUCACUCAUUUGGCCUUGGUCUUACUCACAAGCCCGACACCAUGAUCGAGUUGUCUACGCGAACUAAGGCAUCCUACACCUACGUGAAGGAUUGGAUGAUGCUGCGCGAGUGUGUUGCAGGGUGUCUUGGUUCACUCCAGACUACUUCGCACCAGAACGUCAGGCUGAAGUUACGUCUACCUGAAGGCUCACCUGCCAAAUUUGUUAAGAUCAGCGGGGCAUUGCAAAUCACAAAACGGGCUACUGGAAGAGAUGCCGAAGCUGCACUGGGCGACUUGCGCUUCGGCGACAAGCGAGAUAUUCUAGUGCAGCUAGCCAUCGCUCCGGACUCAGGCUCGCCCGAGCAGCUCCUGCAGGACCCUUGGGAGACUAUUGUAUCUGGAUUGGAAGCCUUAGGCGGCCCGCUCGACCAAGAUGAUUCACGCACACUCAGCGUAGAAGAAGUGCCAUUGAUCCAAGCCGACCUCACAUAUGGCGACAUUCUCCGGGAAGGAACUGUCUCACACCUGCCAAGACCCUCAUUGCUUGCUAUUACCCUACUACCUUCUGGUCCCAAAAAGAGCUCUACAGCAUUUCCACCGACACCACCUAUUCCCCCUCACCCGCAUGUUGUUCAGCGUCGCAUGGAGCUUCUGACAUCAGACAUGUUGACGCGUUCACUUACGCUAGUUUCGCGCGGUCAACAUGAACGAGCACACCAUCUUCUUAAAGAGACGCGAAGUAUUUUGAAGGGGCUGGGCAAGGGAGGGCUGCCGCCUCUGCCGCCUCCAGGCCAACGGCGACACGACGCUCCCAGCACAACCGGCAGCACUGGGACCUCGUCACCUACACAUAGCAGUGGCGGAGACACUCGACCACGAACCCCCUCGCCACAUGCCAACAGUCCGUUCACCCCCGCAGCGGGCAUCGACGCUAGAACCAUGCACGCACUCGAUGCAGAAUUGGAGUCUAGCUUGGAAUGGAUCAACCAUCCUGCAGUGUUUGGCAGAGACUCGAGGAAGGCCGUAUUGCAGGCGAUCGGUGUCAUUUCCUCACAACGCGCAUACACAUUCAGGUCGCCCUCCGAGUCACUUUGGGCUGAGCGUGUCCAGGGCGUGAAACGCCUGUCGGAACGCUCGCGCGAAUGGCGUGAGUCUGGCGACCAAGAAGCUCUUAUGGAGGAGAACUAA